GAUUCGUGGUCGUACAAGAGACCGGAACUGAUCGGUAAUUAUCAAGGGCUGAAAAUCAACGUUUACAGCCGGCAGUCUAUAUGUUCUGAUAUCAAGAACGAGUUGGGCCACGUUGAAGGGGCCUUGACUGCUUUCCAUGGCUCGGUUUUUGGUCCGUUCCUCCAGUUUGAUGAUAAGGCCAGUGUAUCUGCAAAGGCUAUGCAUGGGGUUCUUUCGCGCGAGGUGACUCGUGUCGGUCAAAAACCGAACGAGAUGUGGUUCCGUAUUGGUAACCAUUUUACACGAUUCUCCGCCUAUGAGUAUGCUGUGGUCACUGUUUGUCCCAUUUUUGUGUCGUUUUUGGUCAUUAUUUUACCGUUCUUUUUCCCCCGUAUUGAACCUUACCCUGUGGAUCCCUUAGCUCAUAAACCCCUCCAGCCAACGCUCUCUGAAAGACUUCUCUUCCGAAUGGUUCAACACAUCCACCCUAUCACCUCAUCCAGUGAGAUCCCCUCCGUUCUGGCCUCUUUGCCCAUGAUCGAGCCCUCCUCCAUAACUGUUCUCUCGUCUCUGUCUUUUCUUUUCUCCUCCCUCAACAUCAUCUCUUUCCUCCAUGUCUUGCGCUAUGAACUCCUUCAAAUAUCCGACCCUUAUCAUCCUCUCAAUCUCAUCCUUAAGCUCCUUGCAGUUGUUCGUCCA